CAGCUCCAGGCCAGGAUGGAGACUCCACUCCCGAGUCUACUCUGGGGUCUAGGGAUUUCGGGGCUUUCCAUCUGGGUAAAAUCAAAUGGGUCAUUCAGCCAUAGCCAGUUUGGAGACCCUGACAGUCCUUCCCUAAGCCUGAGUUUCUGGUGCCUGUCCCUCCCUUGGCUGCCCAGGGCCCUCUUUUCCCCCAUCCAAGUGACCCCUCCCAAAAGGCGGUUCCAGGGUCACUGCUACGGACCCACGGGGCCACCGCGACCCUCAGCUGGAGACAGCGGGCUGCUCCCGACAACGGAAGAACCAGCUUGUUCCCUUCAGUGGCGGCCCAGCCCCCCACCCCUUGCAAUCCCCCCCCACGGUGCUGUAACCCGAGCCGGCCCGUUGCCGCCUUCCCUCCCGCGCGCCUCGGCCGGGCCAGGCCGGGGCUCCGCACGCAGCCCAGGUCCCCGCGCCGCGCUGCCCCAUGCGGCCCUGAGCCCAACAGCGAGUCCGCCAUGGCCCGGAGGGCCUGCGUCCCCUUGGAGACGUCGGGGACGAGCGUUCAGGGCCGCCGGCUGGGAGCGGUGCUGGGCGCCCUGUGCCUUCUCCCCGCGCUGGUGUUGCUGGUCCGGACAGGGGCGCCCGCGGUGCCUGCCCAGAGCAUAGCACAGGAAGACAGCACUGUCCCCGGACCCUUGGGAGUUCCCAGCACCUGGGUUUCCAGCCCACUGCCCCUGCUGGCCCCGCGCAGACGACGCUACACGCUGACCCCAGCCAGGCUGCGCUGGGACCACUUCAACCUCACCUACAGGAUCCUCUCCUUCCCUCGGAACCUGCUGAGUCCUCGUGAGACACGGAGGGGUCUGGCUGCUGCCUUCCGCAUGUGGAGUGAUGUCUCCCCCUUCAGCUUCCGCGAGGUGGCCCCUGAGCAGCCCAGUGACCUCCGGAUAGGCUUCUACCCGGUCAACCACACGGACUGUCUGGUCUCCACCCUGCACCACUGCUUUGAUGGCCCCACGGGCGAGUUGGCCCAUGCUUUCUUCCCUCCCCACGGUGGCAUCCACUUUGACGACAGCGAGUAUUGGGUCCUAGGCCCCACGCGCUACAGCUGGAAGAAAGGCGUGUGGCUCACAGACCUGGUGCACGUGGCGGCCCAUGAGAUCGGCCACGCGCUGGGCCUGAUGCACUCGCAGCAUGGCCAGGCUCUCAUGCACCUCAACGCCACACUGCGGGGCUGGAAGGCGCUGUCACAGGAUGAGCUCUGGGGGCUGCACCGGCUCUAUGGCUGCCUGGACCGACUGUUUGUGUGUUCAUCCUGGGCACGGAGGGGCUUCUGCAAAACCCGUCAGAGGCUCAUGAAGAGACUGUGUCCCAGCAGCUGUGACUUCUGCUAUGAAUUUCCCUUCCCUACGGUGGCUGCGACUCCACCACCUCCCCGGACCAAAACCAGGCUGGUACCAGAGGGCAGGAAUGUGACUUUCCGCUGUGGCCAGAAGAUCCUUCACAAGAAAGGCAAAGUGUACUGGUACAAGGAUCAGGAGCCCCUGGAGUUCUCCUACCCUGGCUACCUGGCCCUGGGUGAGGCACAGCUGAGUAUCAUCGCCAAUGCCGUCAAUGAGGGCACCUACACAUGCGUGGUGCGCCGGCGCCAGCAUGUGCUCACCACUUACUCCUGGCGCAUCCGUGUGAGAAGCUGAGCUUUCUCGGAGCCCUGCUGGACUGGGGAGGCCUGACUGAUAAAGCACUUUCUCUCUGA